UCAAGACUCCCAUGGAAGAAAAUCAUAUAAAUUUAAAUAUCAAAUUUUAAGAACAUUACAACCAAGGUAGAAAUAGCCGUUGCACCUCGUCAAAUAAACGGUCCGCAUUCUCUAAUAAUUCAAUUCAAAAGGUUUCAUUUGCUAAACAGUCACUUACUUGCUCACUCCUUCAAACCCAAAUUCUGCAACAGUCAUCGAAAACCAGAGAAAGAAACACACAGAGGAUGGAUUCUGAAAAGCGAGCCAAAGGCGAGGAAGAUGAAGGUGAAAUCCCUGUGCUGACGGUGCUCAAGAACAACACAAUCCUCAAGAACAUCUUCAUCGUCAACAAGCCGCCGGAGGAGCCAGCAAAGGCGUCACGUGGCGAGCACGUGGAUGUUCUCCUCGUGGGGCGCCACCCUGACUGCGACCUCAUGCUCACGCACCCCAGCAUCAGCCGUUUCCACCUCCAGAUCGGCUCCAAACCAUCCUCACGCACCUUCUCCGUUGUCGAUUUGUCUUCCGUGCAUGGGACGUGGGUGUCGGGAAAGAGGAUCGAGCCGAUGGUGAGUGUGGAGAUGAGGGAGGGGGACGCGCUCAGGAUCGGGGUUUCCAGUAGGGUUUACCGUCUACAUUGGAUUCCGAUUAGUCGCGCCUAUGAGUUGGAAAAUCCGUUCGUUGCUCAAUUGGAUGUGGUUGCCGAAGAAGAAGAAGAAGAAGAAGAAGAAGAAGAAGAAGAAGAAAAAGAAGAAGAAGAAGCUGCUUCACAGGAGAAGUUUAAUGACUGUCCUGCUGAAAUGGAAGUGGAUUCUGUUGUUGAGGAUAUAAGUUCUUUAUUCCCGGAUGAGAAUGUAAAACUAACUGUGGAAGUGGAUUCGAUUUUCGAGGAUAUAAGUUCUUUAUUCCUUGAUGAGAAUGUAAAAUUAACUGUGGAAGAGGGGAUUCACUUGGCACCUUGGAUGCUGGAAGAAAAGAAGAGUCCAUCACAAGAGGAAGCAAUUGGAACCCAAAUAUCUGAUGGUGAAAAAAAUUUGGGUGACUCUGUAAGUCAGGUUCUAUCACCACCUUAUGUGGAAUCACUUGUCCAAGGUCAUGGCAUACUGACAGAAAAUUUGUCUGAGACUUUAUGUUUGCCAGCUGUGGAAGCUGUUUUGGAGACCAAAAUGCUGCAUUACCAUACUCCACAUGAUACACUUUCUUUCCCAUUACGACCUGGUCAUGAAAAUUUGUUUGAAAAGCUUAAUUUCAACUUGUCUAAAGAAACUGAAUGUGAAUAUGAAUGCACAGAAAGAGAUGAUGAAGGUGUUGUAGAUGCCUUUCCAGUUCCUGCACCUCUUGAUGAGAAAAGUUUAGCCGAAGAUGUAAUACUGCCUAAAGAAUCCGAAUCCCAAUGUGCCCUCAGAGAUUAUAGAAGCAGGUCAGAUGAUUUUACUGCUGGAGGUGGAAAUAUGGAUUAUGUGGAUAUGUUGCCACCUGUCAAGGAAGCUGUGCUAGGAACACUCGUUGAGCAGAUUAAAAUUGUUGACAUAGAUGCUAUUGAUUCUUCAUCUGACAUAGACAAGCAAGACAUGUAUGGAUCACAGUCACAGCUGGGGAAGGAUAAAAUUUGUCAUGACCGUAGGCACUCACUCAAUGAAAUAACUCAAGAUGUUAGAAACAAGUGCACAGGUAUCAUUUCCUCCCCCACAUCACGUCAGAUAGAGUCAGUCAAUUUAUCAAUGACACAAGAAUUAGUUUUCAAUAUUAUGAAUAAGGACCAGACCCUGCAGUCUGAUAUGGAAAUCCUUGAAAGCUGUGUAAAAGCAUUGGAGAAAACUUCAACAAAUCAUAAUAUUUGGUCAAGAAGAGGUAAAGCUAAUAGAGCUCCUCAGGUUCGAACUAGAAAGAGCACUGUUAAGAAUGCAGCCAAAGUUGACGCUGAAGUUGCAAUGAGCAAGGAGAAGGAUAUCAGAAAUAGAACAGUCGCAAAGAACCUUUUCUCUGUACAGGAUGGGGAGGUAGAGGAAGAAGAAAUCUUCACCCCAGAUAAAGAAAAUUUCAGUCCAAAUACCCUCCAGAAGCGAUUAUUGAAGAAGGAUAAAGUAGAAGAAAUUAAACAUUCCAGGUCACAAAGCUCACGAUCACUUUCAAAGCAUCAAAGUGAAAGCACCGUUUUAAGGAAAAUGAACCAGAAGGAUAUCAUAAACAAAACAAUUUCAAAGGAUCUUUUCUCUGUUUCGGAUGGGGAGAAAGAGGAAGAAUUCUUCGCCCCGGAUAAGGAAAACAUUAGUCCAAAUACCCUUCAAGUGAGGCUUCUGAAAAAGAAGGGUAAGGUAGAAGAAAUUAAACGUUCUAAGUCAAAAAGGUCACCUCUUUCAAAGGGGGGUAUAUUUAAUCUAUAUCCAAAUGAAAGAACGGGAAAAAAUACUACAAUCUCAGACGAUUUCAUCUCUGAUUUGAACGGGGAAGAAGAGGAAGAAGAAAUCGUCACCCCUAAUAAGGAAAACUUCAGUCCAAAUACCCUUCAAUUGCAUCUCCUGAAAAAUAAGGGUAAGGUAGAAGAAGUUAAAUGUUUCAAGUGUCAAAAGUCACCCCUUUCAAAGGGUACGUGUAAUCCUGACAUGUAUCAAAAUGAAAGCAUACUGAACCAGAAUGAUACGAUAAAUAGCUCAAUCUCAAAAGGUCAUUUCUCUGAUUUGGCUUGGGAAGAAGAGGACGAAGAAGUCUUCACUCCAGAUAAGGAAAACUUCAGUCCAAAUGCCCUUAAAUUGCGGCUUCUGAAAAAGAAGGAUAAGGUGGCAGAAAUUAAACAUUCCAAGUCUCCGUGGAAAGAAAAUCAAAAGUUGCAAAGAAAGCCUUUUUGUAGCCAAAUCAACUUGGCACAGGAGCAACAUCUUGUGUCAUCAGAGGACAGAGUGCAAAGGGUACCUUUCCAAUCACUAAAUAGCUCCUCAGACAAGGGAAAAUCAAACACUUUUUCCCCUGUUUCUUCAGCCAAAAGCUUUCUUUUCAGUAAUUGUGGACAAAUUUUAGAUAUUAGUGGGGUGCCAAAGAAGAGUAGCUGGGACAUGAUUGUGGAUACUACUUCUCUUGUGAACAAGGAAUCAAGGAAAGCUCUGCAGCUUCUACAAGGCCUCAAGGGGACUCGGUUAAUCAUUCCAAGAUUAGUCAUAAGGGAACUGGACCGUAUGAUGCGACAGUUCAAAAUCUUCAGAAGAACUUCAGAGGCUUCCUUGGCAUUGGAAUGGAUUGAAGAAUGUGUGGUGAAGACAAACUGGUGGAUUAAAAUCCAGAGCUCAGCAGAUGAAGGAAGGUUAAUUGCUCCAACCCCACCUGCUUCUCCCCAGUCUCAGUUUAGUGAAGACAGUGUAACUUCUCUUUCAUACCAGAAAUGCAUGGAAAUUGCUUCACCAACCUUAGAAGAUCACAUCCUUGACUUUGCUCUUCUGUAUAGAAGAAACCAAAAUGGACAACUUGUCCUACUCAGUGAGGAUAUCCCUUUGAAAAUCAAAUGCAUGGCAGAGGGUUUGCUUUGUGAGCCAGUGCAGGAGUUUCGUGAGAGUCUAGUGAAUCCAUUCUCUGAGAGGUUCUUGUGGACCAAUAGCUCUCCUCGAGGACAGACCUGGUCUUGCAAGGACGACGUGGUCUUAAGAGAGAGAUAUUAUCGUGCUCCUUUGUGCAAGUCAUCAAAGACAACAACUGCAAGCGGUUUAAAGCUCAUUCUGCUUCACAAUUCCAAGUAUGGGCUGUGAGCCACUGACAAAAACAGUUCAGUUGAUCCUGCUGAACAGAUAUUGAAUUCUUUUUUCUUCUUCUAAGAAACAUGACCAAUCAAUCAGAUUUUGUUCAGCUUGGUAGAAAGCAAUGGGUAGCUUAAAAAAAAACCAAUCUGUUAUCUAGAAGGUUGUAACAGCAAUUAUGAGUACUUAUGUACAAGUUGAUUUUAAUGGAAGAAAAAAUGAUGUUAAACUGA